GUUCCACCAAAGUCUUUACAGUAAAAAGAUUGAACACUUUGCCGACUUCGCGUAACGCUUUGCAUCGAUUUACGUGUAAGAUAAUUUCUGUGUCUAGUCUUUCAAUUGUAGUGUCUUUGAUAUGAAGAUAAAUCGCGCGCCCUCUUUCGCUCAUUAGACGAAAAAUUUGAGAGCUAGAAAGGUAGCUCUCGUAUUUUGUCAACGAGAAGAAAAAUCAACGCUUAAAUGACGCAUUUUGAGGGAUAUUCAUCAAAUUAUGAGUAAUUGACUUCACAUCGUUUCGUAAGUUUCGUAGGAGGACUUCAUUCUGUAAGUCCUCGUAUUAAUUUUUCGUAAAUUAACGAUAUUUGUUGAAUGCGCCGUGCCUUCAAUUAUUCUGUAGUCGGCGGCUGAGAUGUAGCCGUGGGUGGAUAUAACCUUGUUCUCAGUUACAUCUCCAUGCGUUGCAAAAUAAGGGUAGCAAUGUUUGGCUUAUUUUCUCUUUUUCUUUUGGACAAAUGCUUGAUUUUGUUACACUGUCUGUUUCCAUUACAGCUAUUCAUCAUAUAACUUGGCUCUUAAGUAAAUUUGAUUCUUUAAAUUAUUUUUUCUUAAUUAAAAAUAGAGAUUGAAAAAUGAAAAUUUUCUUACCAUAUUACUUUCCACCAAUAGAGGGCGUACACAAAAAUACGCCCAAAAUGUAAGUUUUUGAGCGCUCUGGUGAAUACAAAAAUUAUUCCCUGGUUACUACUGAAAAAUAAAUUGCAACUGUAUGGAAAUUAGUAAUUUUGGUCACAAAAGUGACAUUUUAAUGAUUUUUUAAAGUGUGUGCUGUGUACAGCAUUGGCAUACCAUAGUCCUACCUGUAGAUUCCCCACAGGCAGGAUGGUUGCAGUGAACAAGUGCAUAAACAUGGCCAUUGAGUCCCCUGUACAGAUAGAGCUAGAAGUAGAACUUCGGUCUUCUGUAUUUGGUGAGUGGAGCCAACGGAGUUCAGCGGAACAACCAACAUAACAGAGACCGAAGCUUUUGGUCUAUGCCUGCGCUAACCCAGGCCAGGCCAACCAGUACCUACCAGGGAGCUCCAGCCCGUGAAGUGGGUCGGAGCCCAGGACUCGUCCGUGUAAUAUUAUUAGGCAGAGCCAGAGGGUACUCUCCAAAAUGGGGUAGAAUGGGGUCGCAAUGGUCAAUUUUAAUGUGCCAAUAUUUAAUCAAUUUUAAAAGAUACCAAUAUACAUGGUCAAUUUUUAUAUGCAAAUAAUUCAAUCAAUUCUAAAAGACCAAUAUACUUGGUCAAUUUUUAUAAUAUGCCAACAGUCAACUUCAAAUGAUAUCAAUCAAUUUUUAUGUGCCAAUACUUUGUUCAGUUUCAAAAUAUACCAAUAUACAUGGUCAAUUUGUAUGUGCCAAUACUUUGUUUGAUUUCAAAAUAUACCAAUAUACAUGGUCAAUUUUUAUGUGACAAUACUUUGGUCAAUUUUAAAAGAUACCAAUAUACAUGUAGUACUUGGUCAAUAUUUAUGUGACAAUACUCAGUUUCAAAAUAUACCAUACUUGGUCAAUUUCAAAAGAUACCAAUACAUGUAUACUUGGUAAAUUCUUAUGUACUUAUACUUAGGUUAAUUCAAGAUGUGCCAAGCAAUGUCAAUUUCAAGAUGUGCCAAUUUUUGUCAAUAUCAAUGUGCCAAUUUUUAUCACUUAACCACAAAAUGUGUCAAUUUUCAUAACUUUUAAGAUACAUUAAUUGACAUUGAUAAUUUAAUAAGUAAUUGUCAUGUCCAGCAUCCAAUUUACAUGUAGGUCCAUUUAUCCAAAAGAAUAAAGCUCAUGUUAUCGUAAAUAAUGUAGGCCUACUCUCCACUAAGUUGCUUCACAGGGAUAAAUUCAAAUACUUAAGUUUCCCUAGUUAACUCUAUCAGAUUCAGUUCUUUCAGUUUUAGAUGUUUAUAUGUUUUUUUAGUCAGUGCUUACGUAGAAUCUUAUCUUCGAUAUCUGUGCAUGCAACCAACUGUCAAUAUUGUAAUCUAUAGUUACAAACAAAUGAGUUUAGUAUUACUUGAAAACUUCAAAUGAAGUAAACUUGGGAAAUCACACACAUUAGCAGCACCCCUGGUCAAAGGAUUAGGCAGGAGUUACAUGUAGGAAAAAUUAUUUAUGAAUGUAUACAUGUAUGCCUAUCUAUUUUCUUACACUUAAAACUUCCUCAUAUGUUUGCACAUUUAUAUUUACUUUCAAUAUCAGAGUAAUUGGUCACUUUGAGACAACUCGAUGUUCUUCAAGUGACUGGGAUCAUUGAUCACUCUUCAUUUCAAUCUGGGAAAACCAUGUCUGGAUUAACGGCAUCAAAUGGUGUUGAAUCCGACCAAGAACUUCUCCUCUCCCUUGAUGCAGAGGCAGAUGAGGGUCUCCAUGGCAAUGGAACAUCAAUCAGUGCUCUCUCUCAAGCCAUCCAGAAUCAGCAGAGACCAAUAACCAACAAAGAGAUUGGACACUCAGUUAAGACUAAGGAGUAUGUUUUGUACCUUGAGAGGUGGUAUGUUUUGGCUGUGUUCUCAUUGAUGUCAUUCAUCCAGUGUUUAGCCUGGAAUACAUGGGGACCUAUAGAAGACACAGCAUCGAUAGUUUUACAUUGGGACCCUGGUCAGUUUGCUUUGCUGGCUAACUGGGGCUGUAUCACAUUUCUCGUGUCUGCAUUCUUCUUUUCAUGGCUUUUACAUGUCAGAGGUCUGCGUAUAGCUGUGCUUCUUACUGGAGGCCUGUUGGUGAUUGGUGUUGGAGUGAGGUGCAUCCCGGUUCCUGUUCAUAUGAUGAAAUGGACUAUGAAUAUUGGGCAUAUCUUCAUUGGACUAGCUGGACCGAUUAUGAUGUCUGCCGUCACAUCAAUAUCAGCUACCUGGUUUCCUACUAAUGAACGAACCACAGCUACAGCUAUAUCAUCUACCUUACCCUACCUAGGUCUAGCAACAUCAUUUGUGCUUGGGCCAGAGAUUGUUGGCAACAUAAAAAAUGGAACAACAACCCCACCCCCAUUUACAGUACCAGAAGGAAAUAUAUCAUUCCAGUAUAACCAUACAGAUGAUGACAUGGAAAGACAUCUUAAAGGAAUCCAUAUUCUCAUGUACAUAGAAUUUGGUGCAGCUGCCUUGGUGUAUCUAGCAGCUUUGAUUCGUUUUCCUGCUCGACCAUUGACCCCUCCAACUGCCUCAGCUAUUGCCAAGAGAGAAGACAUGAUUGCUGGGCUGAAAGCUAUUGUCAAGAACGUAUCCUUUUGGAUUCCGGCACUAGCCUAUGCUAUCAGCAGUGGUGCAUACAAUGGGUGGACUGCUCAGAUGGUUGCCAUUUUCAAUGACCAUGUUGACCAGACUACAUGUGGCUGGAUAGGUUGCUAUACCAAUUUGGCAGCAUUAUUUGGUGGAAUCGCAAUUGGAAGAUGUGCAGAUUAUUUCACUGGAAAAAUGAAAGCAAUUCUUCUCGUCCUCAUCAUAGCAUCGUGUGCAACUCUCACUUGGUCUAUACUACUUGCCAAUGAUUACAUUCCUUACAAUUUAACUUGUCUAUAUGUCUCUGUCAUCCUAUUUGGAUUGUUCCUCAACUCCACCAUCCCACUCUUCAUGGAGAUAACUGUUGAGAGUGCAUUCCCCAUUGGUGAAGAAACAACCACCAUUCUCAUGACUUGGUUGAACAAUCUCUUUGCUCUCUGCUUCCUCAUAUUACCCAUGAUCCCAUCAAUAGAUAAAGACUUUGACUGGUUAAACUGGGUGAUGCUUGGAUCUACUAUCAUCUGUAUCCCUUUGAUGAUAUUCUUUAAAGAGCAUUAUAACAGACUUGACUUUGAUGUAAGUCAUCCUACUCAAGAUAAUGACUCACCAAACAAUCAUCAUACACAAGGCAACCAAAUCAAUGGAGAUAUUUAUGCAUGAUCCAUCCAGGCGUCAUGGUAUAGUGGUUUAUUCAUGUGACAAUAAAUCAGAAAAUUGAGGUCCAGAUUGUACACAGGGACAAAGUUUAUUCUACCAAAUUAUCCAAAUUUAUGGGUGUCACUCUUCAUGUAAAAUGUAUAUGUUAAAUGAUACCCCUUUUUUAAAGAUUGUGCAGAAAUCUUAGUAUCUUAAUUCUUUUUGAUUUGGAUAGAAACACUUAAUAGCCAACUUUGGUUUUCAAUUUUGGAGUUAGAUGCAAUUUUUUUUCUCUGACAAUCAAUUACCGGUAUCAUAUUGAGGCCAGUUAUUUGACUUAAAACAAUUAUGCAUAAUUUCAAUGAAGUCAAUUUUGAUAUUGAAGUCAACUUUUUACAAAAUUCAGUUAAUUUACUGAAGUCAAAUAUUUUCUAAAGUUUAUAAUUUCUACAGAAUUUAGUGAUAUUUUUAAUAGGAGUUUAAGUAAAGGAUACCUUCCGUGAGAAACUUAAAUGAUUAUUGGGAUACCUUCACCAACAGAGCUAAAUUUAGAUGCAUUAGUAUUUAGCUGUGCCAGUUUUAUAAGCAUACAUUGUGAUAUGUGACAUGUACAUAUGACGUGCACAUGUACUUUGUCUUUUAUUUUCCCCAACAACAAUUUAAUAUCAUAAAGUUUAUUGGGCUUGAUAUUGCCUGAAUAAAGUAAAAAUAUUCAGAGUAUUGAACUGUAAGAAAAUAUCAAAGCCAAGCAGAACAUUUUUUUAAUCUUGUGUAUUUAACCUUUUAACCUUUAACAGUGUUUGUAAUAAGACUAUAAUAAAUCAUUGAUUCUCAGUUUCUUUUUGUUUCUGGGAAGCAUGGAAUUUUAUGCCAUUUGUGUACUCAUAUACCUCUGUAAUAAGUCGAAAGUCUAUCUUGAAAGGUGUGUAUUUAUGUGUGAGGGCUCUUGUAUGUGUGUUUAUAACUGUUAUUUCAUAAAUCUAUAUCAAUGAUUUAUGAUUAUAUGCAUCUAUCACUGUAUGAAAGAUGUGAUAUGGACAGGAAAAUUGCCACCAUUAAUCUUUCAAACCAUAUGAAGUAGGUGAGUAACUAAGUUAUCAUGCUUAUAAGUGAACUGCCUUCUCUACUUCUAUUGAAUGCAGUAUUACUUAUGAAGUGCAAUCAUAUUUUAAUUGGAUUAUUUUUAGGGGGCCCUGUGAACAAAUAUUUGAACAAAUACAUGCAAAAAAAAGAAAUUAUCAAAAUAACAAAGAAGACAAGUAAAAAUAAUUGCUACUAAAUACAUAAAAUGUGAUGAUAGUAUUGGGGAAUAACACAAUAUGCCAAAAUCUACUUAUGGAAAAUUGUUUUACCAUUGUAAAUUACCAUUUAUGGCAAAAUAAUGAUUAUGCAAAGCAACACAUCAUGGCCAAGGUCUUGUAAAAACAUUUAAGUUUAGUAUAAUUAUGUUUUUGUAUUUCUAUGUGUUUCUGAUUUUAUUGAAAAGCAAUCAUAGUUCAACCAGGAUUUAAAGGGAGGUUUCGAUAAGGAGUGGACCAGUUUUAUACCUCUUUGAAUCCUUGUCAUGAUUGCUUUAUGAUUGUUAAUUUUGGGUCAAAGUUCGAAUGAAACUGGUUUUUUUUCUUGAAAAUUUGAAUAUUUGUAUAUUCACAUCUGGGUAUAUCUUACAUUUCAUUCAUAAAUUUUAUAUUUAAUUGAUCAUUGUGGAAGUCAAUUAAAAACUGACCUCUAUAUCCUGAUAUCUUUUGAUAAUUUUAUCAAAUGCAAGAGACAUUGAUGUUAAAAUGGAUUUUGGUAAAGUGUUUCUUAACAGUAUUCAUUUGCAAUAUACCUUAGCUGCAAUGACUGUAAUGUAUAUAUUUAAAAUUGUAUUUAGUAGAAAUGUAUAACUUUUAUAUCUGGAUUUUACUUCGAUAUUUUUGAGAUGCCAAGUUGUUCAUGUUAUAUUUUUAUAUCUGAAUUAUACUAGACCUCUAUAUUUUUUAUAUAUUCUAAAACUGUGCAUUCCUGCAUUCCAUUAAAUCAUCAUUUUGUUUAAUGAAUAA